GUCGAACUGAUAAAAAGCACCAAAACCAAAUGGUACGUUUGGAUUAAGCACUUUUGCACUGUUAGUAUAUCCAGUGGUAGCAUAGAAGGGCUUAAUUCUCAAUGCAGAUUCGUGUUGCUUUUCAAGGGGCUCUUCUGGGUCUCUGGUUCUGCUUCUUUGCUGUAAGCUUCUGCUAUAGCAAUGGAGAGACCAUUGAGGUAACCGGUGAACAAGCUGCAGCCAAAGCUUUUUCAGAGUUGCAAGGAGCAGAAGCUGCAGAAGUCCAUGAAGUAGAGAAAAUUGUACCUGGAUAUCAAGGCAUUGAUAAUUCUCCCUGGGGUCCUCCAUCGGUUCCGGUUGUGGAAGAAAAGCCAUUUCUGAAGAAGCCAAUUUUCCAUCCACUUCCAAAAUUCAAGAAGCCACUUCCGCCACCAAUUCCAGUUUACAAGAAGCCACUUCCUCCACCAAUUCCAGUUUACAAGAAGCCACUUCCUCCACCAGUCCCAGUUUACAAGAAGCCACUUCCUCCACUUCCAAAAUUCAAGAAGCCACUUCCUCCACCAAUUCCAGUAUACAAGAAGCCACUUCCUCCACCAGUUCCAAUUUACAAGAAGCCACUUCCUCCACCAAUUCCAAUUUACAAGAAGCCACUUCCUCCACCAAUUCCAGUUUACAAGAAGCCACUUCCUCCACCAGUUCCAGUUUACAAGAAGCCGUUUCCGCCACAUCCAUUCUUCAAGAAGCCGAUUCCAAAAUUCAAGAAGCCAUUUCCUCCACAUCCAUUCCUUGGGAAGCCGGUACCUCCCACUGUUCCCUAAACUAGACUAGCUAGUUUUCCUUCCAAAUAAGAGAUGAGUAGCAUAUAAAUAGCUAUAGAAUAAAGUCCUACAUGGAGAGAGAAAUGAGGUUGUUGUAACUUUAUUAUCUUUAAAUUGUGUGGUGUUGUUGUACUUGUAUGAUUCUGCUGUUAUGCAGCUACCUUGUAAUACGACCUUUGCAUUUAUAAAUUACUGGAAAAAAAAAAAAUUUCCUUCA